AAAAAGUGUGGCAGAUUUCAUUGAGAAAAAUAUUUUUCUCUUCCUUCCAUUCAAGCUUACUACAAAUUUAAUAGUGAAUUAAAAUGUUUCUUGGUGUUUUAUUUGUUCUCGGGAACCUCCUGAACAACUAUCUUAAUAGUUUCGAAAGUAUUGAGUCAUGGAAUAAAUUUAAAGUUGAGUAUAACAAAAGCUAUACAACAUAUGAAGAGGAACUAAAGAGACAAGAGAUUUUUAUGGACAAUUUAAGAACGUCUUUAAAACAUAAUUUAAAGCACGCGGCUGGUCUCUCGACAUUUAAAAUGGGGAUUAAUCAGUUCUCAGACAUGACCUACGCUGAGUUUCUUAAGAUUAAUACAGAAUUAGCCAGUACUGAACAGUAUAUUAAGAAAAAUUAUAAUGCGACUGUUGUGCACGACAUACGCAGUAAGAUUACGAAUUAUACAUCCUUUGAUUGGCGGGAACGUGGUGCUGUGACAAGUGUAAAGAAUCAAGGUGAUUGUGGAUGUUGUUAUGCGUUUGCUGCUAUUUCUGCGUUGGAAUCAAAUAUUUUCUUAAAAACUGGAAAGCUCUUAGAUCUGUCCGAGCAAGAGAUUGUUGAUUGUGCUCACGGAUACUUUACAGCAGGCUGUUAUGGUGGAUAUGAAAUUGGUGCAUUAAAUUACAUCCAAAAUAAUGGUGAAAUAAGUAUUGAGGCUGACUAUCCCUAUGUUGCAUUGCAGGAGAAAUGUAAACGGAGUGUCAAAAAUAUCUCAAAAGUGUCCGUAUCCAUUAAGCAGUUCCUACAGCCACCGAAAGAAGAUGAGCAUGAAUUGACACGGGCGCUUAUUGAAUAUGGUCCAAUAAUGGUGUCAAUAGAUCAUUUGCACGAAAGCUUUAUGAGAUAUUCAAGUGGCAUUUAUUACGAAGCAGAUUGUAAAAAGCAAAAUUCACAUGCAGCUCUUUUGAUAGGUUUUGGCAGUGAGGCAGGCGAAGAUUAUUGGAUUGUAAAAAAUUCAUUUGGUGAGCAAUGGGGUGAGAGAGGUUACUUUAGGAUUUCGAGAAAUAAGAAUAAUAAUUGUGAAAUUGCUUCCGAAGCGUACAUUAUUGAAGUGUAAGAUUGAGUCAUUAUUUAGAGCAUAAAAUGUUGAGUGACUAAAAUGAAGAAAAUACUCAAAUUUAAUUCACAUCCUUGUGUGUCUAAAGUAUCAACAAAUAUUAUUAUUAAAUUGAUAUUUUUAACAUCCUUUAAAGUUAGUGAUUAGUGCUUAAAUCAAACAGUGUUCCUUAUUUAUUAUGUUUUAAAAACAAUUUACCAAGUGUUAAACACGUGUGUGUUAGAAAGUUUAAACCGUGUUUUAUUUGAAUUUUCAGUGAUUUAAUUUGAAUUAAUUUUUA